AUGCUGAAGGGGAUUGAUGUUAUUCUAAUGAAAACAAGGAAAUUCAGUGCAGGCUACAGCUACGUACAAAUGCAUACUAUUCCAAAACCUCAAGAGCGUGGCACUGAGGAUUGGGUUAUUAUAGACAAAAUACCCUCUGAGGUAGUUGAUGGUGAAUCGAAAAAAAAUCUGGCGUACAAAGUAGUGACUGUGAGCAGUAAAACUGCCUUUCCACCUGAGAUAUUAAAAUCCAGUACCAUUCUAAUGCAGAGCUUUGAGGACUUGGAAAGUGAAAUACAAUCCAAAGAGGAGAAUAAGCAGAAAAUGUUCACCCUAGGAAAGUCCUAUGAUACUGUAUCUGGGAAAAUUGUAACCAUGACAAGUAAAGCUAAAGAGGGCGAGAAAGCAGUACAGCCUUCCAUAGAAGCUUUGCAAAAAAUGGAAAGGGAAGUGCAAGAAUCGGUGAAAAUCAUUCCUGUAGUGGCUGAGUAUGAAAUCCUCGAGCCUGUCACUGAUGAGAAAGCCAGGCGGGGAUCCGACAUGCAGAGCACAAAAAGAAAGCUGUCCGACUCUCUGACACCCAUAAAGGAAGCAGAAUCUCAGUUCCAAAGUCCUGAAGAGGAGAGUUUGAAAAAGACACUAAAGAUGGACCAGGAUUUGCAGUUACAUGGUACACUGGGAAGCUUGCAGCUUGGGAAAGCAGAAAAACACCUUGGCAGUGAAGCUGUAAAAGCAGGGGCAUUUGCCCGGAGAGAUAAGAGCCUGUCUGAGUGGAGAUAUUCCAGAGAACAGCCAUUUACCAUUGCUACUGCUCACUAUGUUACCGAGUCGUCUGCGUCAAAAGUAGUGGUAACAAGUGGCUUUGACUUCACGCCACAGUUUAAAGAUUAAAGCAUGACUUGUUUUAGGCAAACCCCUCACACCACCCUACCUUUUGGUUCUCUUGCUGCCUGGCUUUAUGUUGACAGCAGCCAACCCAGCUUAUUUUUUUUCCCCUCAUACCUUGAAUCCGUCACACAGUCUGAAGCAGACAUUAUGUAAGGCUUUCAACCUUUCUGGUUUAUUUAAAGAUCCAUGUUACUGAAAUGUAGUAUUGCUGCUGUGGCUUGUUAAUACAAGGUAAAAAAAGGUUUGCUUGAACCAGCAAAAUGCCAACGCUAACAACUAUGCUUCGUAACUAUUGCUUACCACAGCCAUUAUGGAUUUGCUCUGAUUUAUUUUCACAUUCUUUUCCUGUUUCCAACCUCUCCGUGCCCCCGCAACCUUCUCUCCCUUCCCUCCGUCUCUGCCUCUGGUUUUGGCAAUUAAUAUGUCUGUGCAUGUGGGUCUGCCUUUCUUCUGUGUUUGACUCUACAUUUCUUUGUC